GUCGAUAACACAGGUAUUUAAAAUCGUUACCGUUAGGUUUUGAUAACGUGCUAGUGUCAUUGUGUUGGGUGAUGUGGGUCACCAACAAGGUUGUUGCGAGGCCAAACGAAUAUCUAAAGUAUGGAGUCGUACCAAAAUAGAUGAAAAGUGCGCUCCCUCUGCAGACAGAGUUUAUCUGGCAGUAUUUUUGAUGGGAAUAACCAACCAAGAAAUGACCCGUAUUUGACUACAGACCAGUGAAAUUUCAUCACCUCUCGUGGUCCUUUGCACGAAUAUUUCUGGACUUUGUGACCGAUAUUAACUCAACGAGGAUGACAUUCAACAUCAUGGCAGCUAUGUGUAGUAACAGAGGAAUCGGAAUAGCCAACAAGCUCCCGUGGCCGUCACUAAGUAAAGAAUAUCGGUACUACAUGGACCUUACAUCUAAAACCGUGCAUCCCGGUAAAAAGUGUGUUAAUAUAAAAGGACGGGUAACAUGGCAGUGUACAUGCAUGGAGGAGAAAUCACGUGACUCGAUCAUCAAUAUCGUAAUCAGCCGAAAUCCCAGUGAGGAAAUAACAUCCGACCCUUAUGUCCAUAAAGUAGUAGCUAGUCUGGAUGAUGCUCUCUUAUAUGUGAGAACUACACUACUCGACCAAGUGGAAACUGUAUGGGUGAUGGGAGGACAACAAAUAUAUACGGACGCAAUCGACCACCCGCAAUGUAAUCACAUCUACCUUACACAUAUUUACGGGGAGUACCAGGCAGACACGUUCUUCCCAACAUUCGAAGACCGAUUUCAUGAAGACAAGUCCAUAGCCUUAGAUAGAACAUUACAUGAAGAGCGAGGUGUUACGUAUAAAUACAAGGUGUAUAGUCCGCGACAUCAAGCGAGCUGUUAAAAAUAGGACGUUUGUGACUGGCGGAUCUCGACUGAGUGUUCACUGGGCCGACUGAAAAACAUAUAUCGGUCAUAAUUCAUUGAUAUAGCUAUGUCAUUCACCCAUUAACGAGUGAGUUAAGUCAUGGUGAAGAAAUAUGAAAAUAUGACACGAUUUUACAUUUGUCGUCAAAGUUUCAUGAUGCAAUUGAUGGUCGUUGUUUAUUAGCAUCGAUUGUUUAUACUGCCAGCACUGAAAUGGAUAUCUCGGAUGUAAUAAAUACCUGUUACUAUUUCUACAUAUA